GCACUUCGCCCGCAUACGGUGGCCGUUACAAAAUACGUUGUUUGUCGUCAAACGAGCGUAUUAUCAUUCGUUUUCACUAUCGUUGACUCGUCAUUCUAUUGUAAAUUGUCUGUAAAACCAUAAUAACUGCAAGGUCGUGAUGAGGAGUGGGGACCGGCUCAUGACGGCUGCACUUUGAUUUCAGUAAACAGUGGCUUAAACGCGUUACGUGCAUUCGGAAAAUUGUUUUCCACGACAAAUUGACCAUCGUAAGAGUUUAUCGUAUAUCGUCGAUGCAUUUUAACUAAAACCUAGUCUCAUUGUACUUUCAAAAGAAUAUAAGUCAAUAGAAGACGUCAGUAUGUUUAUUCAGCUGUAUUCAUGUUAUCCAUAGAAUAUUGCACGAGAAUAUAGACAAUUUUUAAACCGCGUUUUAAAUUGUCAUUUUAAAUUAAAUUGCUUGACGAUGAACAUUACGGAAGGACAAAUAGUGCGUCUAUGAGUUGUAAAUUAGUAAAGUUACCGAGCGCAUGUGAACAGUGUAAACAAUGUAUUAUAUAAUAAAUAAUAAUAUAGUUUUUAGAGUCUUGGUAUUAUGUGUAAUUGUGAACAAUGCAAAUGCGAUCGCGUGUCGUCAACCUGAGACGAGCAGUUUUGUUCGAUGGUCAGGCAUGACGCCGGACAAAGCUCGGCCGGUGUUUAUGUAUUCUGCGAGUGGUGGCGAGGAGUCCCUUACAGGGGCUUGCUUGGCUAGAUGCAGAGAGCUGGAGGAAUGUGCAUCCGUUAUUGUGGCUUACACAAAAGGCAAUUGUCAGGGGCUGGCAGCGUCACCUGUUUCUCAACUUACAGCGGACAAUGACGCUGCGUACUUCACCAAAGUUUGUUUAAAAUUACCAAAUGGCUGCAGUAAAAGAUGGUGGGCUUUAGAAAGUACUCCAGGAUACUACCUUAACUCAGAAGGAGCAAAUGUAAAAAUACUUCUAAAUGCGACUGUACAAGAUUGCUAUGAUGCGCUGUUUUCCUCAAAUGAGAAAUUAUACAGGUCUGCGCAGUGGAUAGACCCAAACAGUCCAUUAGACACGUUUGUUGUGUCAGACAAAGCUAUCGGAAAUUGUGUCCUGAACGGAGAGAAUAAGUUCACUGAACCCGAGUCCUACCGCGUGUCAAACUACUAUACUUUUUACAUAGAAGACGAGUGUGGACAUGAUUAUCCGAAAAAAAUAGACAGGUGUUCCUACGAGGAAUACAAUAACCAGACACUAAAGAGGACCGACUUAAGCAUAAAAAACGCCACCAAAGAUGAGUGUAAAACAGCAUGCGAGAAUGAAGACCGAUUCAUAUGCCGGGGUUUUUCCUGGAUCUCAACAGCACCCCGAGGUCUCUGUGAUCUUCACAGCGAAGACCUUAUUACGACUGGGUCUUGGCUCCUGCGGCGAGUGCCUACUGCUACGUAUUACCGUCGUGUAAUUUGUCUAAAUAUAACGGUGGAUUGUGAAGGUCCCAAUCUUGUAGUGACGUAUCGCCCACGUGGCGCAUUCAAAGGCAGAAUGUAUGUCCCAGGAAAUGGUGACAAAUGCAGCUCGCAAGCAUUCGCUGGCACCGUGAAAUUAUCGUUACCAUUACAUGGGGAUUGUGAUGUCAACUUUGCGUAUGCGAUCACUAAAACACCAAAUGGGGUUGUUAAUAGAACAAUGGCGUACGUAGUGCUUAUGAUUCAGAACAAUCCCAUAAUUCAAACAGCUGGGGACCGCUGGGUGCGCGUAGGAUGUUCUCCAGGUGGUGGUGCCCGCAGUUACACCAAAGUUGACGCUACUGUUUCUGUUCACGAUACCAGGUGA